ACGAGUUCUUUGUGGACAUGACCUGCGAAGGCUGCUCCAAUGCAGUCACCCGCGUCCUGCACAGGCUGGGAGGUGUCCAGUUUGAUAUUGACCUGCCCAACAAGAAGGUUUGCAUCGACUCGGAGCACAGUGUUGACACUCUCUUGGAAACCCUGAAGAAGACUGGAAAGAAUGCGUCCUACCUGGGGGAGAAGUCUGUGCAAUAGACUUCCCUGCUAUGAUGAGGAACUCAGCUAUGACUUCGGAAUAAAAGACAACUUAACUGUUUACGUAUCUCCCAGCUCGCCCUGUCCUUUGACCUUUGCUGCCCUGCCAGACGUCAGCAAGCAGCGAGCUGGCAGCAGGACACAGCUGCAUCCUGUCUCUGGAAGCAGAGGCAGCGGAGAAGAAGGUUAUAUUCUGUUUUGCAUCACUCAGUAAAUCAAAGCA